CCAUUUGGUUAUUUUCUCUUUCUUUUGAAAAAUAAAUACGUAAUUUUUUUGAUACAAAAAACUCAAAUUUUGGAAGGUGCAGUAAGGUAACUCGGUUCGACACCUGAACCCGAAACGGUGUCCCAAAAUCGAUCUGACCCGACCCGUCUAUGACGCGUGUAUAUAUUUUUUAGGGGGGUCCCUAAUAAUUUACCCUAAGGUAAAUCAAUUAGGCGGGAAAGUUAAAAGCCCUUGAAAACACCUUCUCUCACACAAGAAUCACAUUUUUCUCUCAAAAUCUUAUAUUUAACGGCGACCAUCGGUGUCCGUUAAAAAAGCAUUACGUCAUCAACAUGGAAAUAGUAGACACAGAGACGGAGAUGACGUCAGAAAUGGAACUCUCACGUCAUAAGCUCCGUCAACGUUGGGAGUUAGCCUCCGUUCUCAACUUUCUCACCGUUUUUGAGCCGGUGCUUGAAUUCAAAGUGAAAUUUUCAGCCGAGGAGAUAGAAGCAGCCCUCAUUGAGCCAAAUAAUAAUCUUGCUCAGCUGCAUAUAAUGCUUCUGAAGGGGAUACCUCCUGUGAGUAAACUACUGAAGGAUUCUAAUGGAUGGGUGAUAGCACUAAGCAAGAAACUUGAAAUGUGGUGGCCAUGGGUUGCUGAAGGGAAUUUCCCUUUGACUGCCAAAAAGGGAGAGGAGAUAUCUACAUACAAGGCACUUGACCCGACAACUCGCCUGCUUAUCCUUAAAGCACUUUGUGAAAUUCGAGCUGAUCAAUUUGACACCAUAUCUUACAUCAACGAUGAAACUAAAAAUAGAACCGAUUCUUCUGCUUUCCGUAAAGAGAAGCUCGGGGGCAAUGGAAAUGAAGUUUCAUUCUGGUAUGACGGGAAUGAAACUAUUGGUCAUAGAUUAUACAAGGAAGUUUAUCAAGUUGAGUCCAUGUCAAAAGUAAAGGACAAGAAAAGGAUAUCAGCAGUUGCUUCUCAGUGGGAGACACUUGCUACUACUUUUGAAGAAUUUCAGAAUUUUGUGGACCAGUUCUCAUCAAGUCAAGUUAAAUGGGAAGCUGAUGUGGGCAAAGCUGUUGAAGCUCAUGCUAUUCCAGCUCUUCAGAAAAUUCAGAGGAAGAAAGAUAUGGCUCUGAAGCGACAACAAAGAGAGCAGCAAAGAGAACAAAGAUUUGUAGAAGGCUUAAAAAACCUUGCAGCUCCUCGUUCUUGCCGGAUUCGUAGGCCAGUCAACUACAGAAGCGAUGAUUUUGACAGAGCAAUCAAAGAGGCCAUAGAAGCAACAAAGAAGGCAAAUGAAGACCCAACAAAUGAAACUAGACCCAAUGAGCAUGGCCCCAUGAAUGAAACCAAUUCGCUGGACUCCUCUCCAGCAUCUAACUCAAUAAGCAGUGACACCACAGACAGUGGAACUGAGAGUGAUAGGCUUCAAGGAAGCAAUGAUGACGUCGAUGAUACCGCUGAUGAGGUUAAUGAAGCUGAUCCUGAUGAAGAUGGAGCUGACUCAAUGGAGGAAAACAGUCGGUUGGACCAUAGGCCAAGCAAUUGUCGCCAGAGUAAGAGAAUAGCUGGAGUAACUGGCUAUGCUGUUCCAGAAAGCCCUUACAUAGGUGCAAAAAAUAGGUUGAGGCAAAGACCUAUCGUCAAUACGGCUGCUGAGUCUGUUGUCAUUCCUGAUUCAGAAGAUGAAAACUGAUCAAGAUUUACUUGCAACAGGAGGGCGUGCCAUGAGAACUUAUCUUUAUUUUGGUGCUGUUUUGUUUAUUAUCCAUCCAAGCCAAGUGAAUAUGGGUUAGGAAAAGCAAAGCAGUUGUUACCACCUUAGUCAUACUUUUGUCCUAUAGUAAUAGCUAGCAGCAUGGCUUCAGAAAAUUGUCUGUAAACUUUUUUUUUUGGUCAAAGUUGUCUGUAAACUUUUAGAAAGCUGUAAGUUUAGUUAAUGCUUCAUUAAUUUUCUGUAAAGCCACUUAAGUUAAAGGUGCUCUUACGCAUUGUUGUUUGCUAUA